AUGAAUAAUCAAUUAUUUAAACAAGUUUUAUUUAAUAGAUAUUUAUAUGUAACAAUAAUAGAAUACAUUAAAUAUAUUAAUAGAAUAGAGAAUGCAUUAAAGAUUCAACAAGAUGUCUGUGGGUAUGCUGAAAAGCAUGAUUUGGUACUCAGAUAUUCAGAGUCUACAAGAAAGAUUGAUCACUUUUAUCAGCUGAUCAACAUGGAUCCAACGUUUAGUAAAGAUUGUCGAUUUGUAGGCUCGACGAUUGUACACAAAUACAAUUGGAGAAGAAAUACAUAUAUGCCAGAGAAACCAAUGCUCUCUAAAUUAAGACAUCCAACAUUUGCUACAAGGACGUAUCAAACGGCUCAAUGUGUCAAAUGGUUACUAAAGAAUCGUUAUGGUAACUUAUUACUUGACAAGUUGGUUAAAAAGUUGCCAUUAGACUUUAGUAAAGUGAUAUGGCCGAAAUAUGCAACACAAGAAUGUUUGAAAGACUUUUCAGAUGCUAUGCUCAACCUGCUUAUCAGAAGAGCAGUAGAUUAUUAUAAAGAGAAUAGUUUUACUAGUUAUUCUGGUGUGGUCAGUGCAAUCAUCAUUUUUGGUAACAAAAGGUUGAUUAAAGCUGCACUUGGAAGUGCAUGGGCACCGGAACACAUGCCAAGAAAACCAUCUAAUCAAUCGUUGGCUGUUAAUGGAGACGUAGAGUUAUUCAAACAAGAGGAGAAUCUUCAUAAAAAGGAACAACAACAACUACAUUUAAACACACCCCCAACCAUUACAGAGAUUGCUAUGGUGGCAUUAAAGAAUGGGAAUACCGAUUUGUUCAGAUACAUCUAUACAACAUUUAAAAAAGAAUUGGUUGAAGAAAACUACACAAAUACCGAUACAUCAGAUCAUUGGACUGCAUCAUUACUACUAUGCAAGGAUUUGGAGUUAAUGAAAAAGGUUUGGCAAGAGGAAAGUAUUAAUACGGUUCACAUUAAAGGUAAACCACCUAAAAGAAUCUCAUUUCCCAUUACCUAUCGUCACUCUUACAUUAUUGCAGUGUUGAGUAGUAUACUUAUGGCCAAAGAUAAAUCAAGCAAACGUUCUCUUCAAAACAUUAGACAUAUCGUACCAACACAUAAACAUCAAUUGGAGACGUUGAGAGUGUUGUUCGAGGUUCACUACAAAAAGACGUACAAGGUUUGUGAAGCAUCGGUUCAACGUGAUCUCAUUGACAAUUAUUUGGUUAAUGUUGAUUGGAAGGCAGACUACAAGGAGACAACCUACACCCUUUCAGACUUGUCUCUUGUAUGUGCUAUAUUGGAUAUAUGUAAAGAGGAGCUGGAGCAACUACACUCACAUUAUAUUGCCAAGACACUAGGUCGUGUUCUGUCACUGACUAGUGACGAGUGGAUAUGUAGAUACCUGUCUACUCUGUACCCACCCAACGUCCUAUUAGAAGGUGCGUGUCAGUCUCCCUUCCCAUCCCACAUUCUCUAUUUCUACUCAAGACUACCAGAUAUACCACCCAAACCAGUUGAAGCCAUUCCAAAUACCAUUGAAACAUAUAAUACUGCAAGAUCACUUGGUAUCAUCCAAACACACAACUUGUUAUCAAUUGCCAAACAUGCAAUCAAAGCAAAUAAUUUGGAGUUUAUCAGAUUGGUUGCAACAGAUAACAGCGAGUUUCUCCAACAAGAUACUAUUCCUUCAUUGGUAGUGUAUUCAUUGGAGACUGGUAAUAUCAAUACAGUCAAAUGUGUAUUGGAAAUGUUUGUACGUAGUGAUCACCUGGUUGCAUUCAACUCGGUCUACCAAUCAAGAGUUUAUUAUAAUCCAACAACUGUCUAUUUUAUAGUAGACAAUUAUCAACAUCUUCAAGGACGCUUUGAAUGGCACUCCGGUCAUACAGAUAAUCUUUUACACUAUGCAUUGUAUUUUGGUAAAAUGGAUGUUUUACAACACCUUUUAACCAAAAAGUAUAGUCGUUACAGAUUCUAUUUUGAUCAUUGUUUCAAUGUCCAUUCAACUAGAUUGCUAGAAAAAAGAGAAAUGUCAACACAACUAGAACAACUCUAUAAUCAACAACAAGAACUUAUCCAAUUUGCAUGUAGGUACCUCACAAAUGAUCAUUUGGGUAAUACUACAGAUAGUCGAUUAGGUAGGGCACUCGGUUCAAUCGGUGACAUUAAACUGGUUGACAUGUUAGAGGCUUACACAUCACGUAUCACACCAGGACUACCAAAUUUCCAUAAAACUCUGUUACAAACUGCAUUCGCCAAUGGUCACUUGCAUGUCAUCAAAAAUAUGGAUUUCAAACACCAUGUCUCUAAAAUCUACAUUCUAGAUAAUAUCAAAUUGGCAAUUGAAAAUAAUCAUAAACCAAUAAUAGAUUAUUGUAUCAAAGAAAAGAAAUGUGAUAUAAAAGUAAUUAAUUUAGAAAUAACAAAAUUUAAAAACUCUCUUAGAAAAUAA